AUGAAGCAAGUUGUGUGCACAGCCCCGUUCACAGUCGAGGUGCGCGACGUGCCGAAGCCGGAGAUUGAGCGCGACGGCGACGUCAUCAUCAAGGUGUCGACUGCUGGUCUGUGCGGCUCCGACCUGCACGCCUACCGCGGCCUCGAGCCCGGGGGCCCUAUGGGCCACGAAGUCUGCGGCGAGAUCGUCGCCGCGGGCCCGGAAGUGAAGAACGCCGCGUUCAACGCCCGUCGUCUGAUGGACGACGGGUGGCUGACGGCAGAGCAGUGGAGCCUCGCCGACGCCGAGAAGGGAACCGCGCCGAAGAAGGGCAUCGCCGUCGUGCUCGGAUGCGGACCUGUCGGCCUUUGUGCCAUCUCGAGCGCCAAGACCCUCUUCGAGACGGUGUACGCUACUGACCUUAAUGCGUCCCGUCUCCCAGCCGCCGAGAAGCACGGAGCCAUCGCCCUCCCCCUCCCCGAACUGAAGGAGGCGCUCAUGAAUGCGACCGAGGGGCGCGGGGCUGACGCUGUACUCGAAGUCGUGGGCCAUCCCUCCGCUGUCGCCGAUGCACUGGAGCUCGUCCGGCCCUAUGGUGCCGUCUCGAGUGUGGGCGUGCACAAUGCGCCCCUCUCUGUGUCCGCCGAGAAGUUCUACGACAAGAAUGUCCGAAUGCAGUUCGGCCGCUGUUCCGUGCGCACCUUCUUCCCGGCCGCCAUGAACGUGCUGAAGGGCAACCUCGAUCUGUUCAGGAGCUUUGUGCAGUUCAAGGUGGGCAUUAAUGAGGCGCCGGAGUACUACACGCGCUUUGAGAAAGGCGAGAUUGGAAAGACGGUGUUCGUCAUGUAG